AUGGCUCUAUCAGCAGGUCGUGCACGAUCUUAUGCUGACGCAACUGAUUUCAAUACGAUAAACGAUGAGCAUCUGUCGCUACACGCUGCAUCAUCGAAUGUCGAAGAAAAUUCCAAUUUCGUACAGAAGGCUUCUGAUUUGAAUUGUCAUGGAUUUGAUAAUGAUUGUCGAUGGUCGAAUACGAAUGAAGACGAAUUGGACUGGAAAGUACUGUUGUCUACACCGCAGGCUGAACCAUGGGUCAGUAUGCUUCAUACAACUCACCUUCCAGAUGCAUCAGCAGCGGUUCUUCUAUCCGGUGAUCGCAAUGCAUGGGAUGCUGGACAACUUGUUUCCGAUUUGUUGCCGUGUAUUGUAUCACCACUGCAACUCACUGCUACAGUUUGGCGAUCCUCUUCAGAUGGACCAUUUCAACAACAACCAAAUUUGCAGAUUUGUAGCCGUAACAUAGACGCCGAUCAAUUUUAUUCAAACUGCAACCUGUUCCCCAUACAAAAUGGCAUACCGGUUACAGUGAAUAUACCCGGACCACGUGAUCCUACUGCACCAGCCCGGAUUGUUUUGUUGGGCGAUAAUUUUGUUGGUAAACAUGGUGGUGUUAUAUUUGUGCAGGAUAUCGUUGUAGAUGGUGAUCUUGUCCCAGAUUGCACAGUAGGAAUACCAUUUAGCACCGAACAUUUCAACAAACCACAGCGACAACAGGCUAGACGCCUGAUUCCUUUGCAUAACUUCCAUGAUUCCACCAACAGUUUUGUCAAAGUUCAAGAAUUAGAUACCAAACAAAAAGUAUCAAAUCUGCGCCAACCAUCCGCGUUACAACUAGCAUCAUCUUUAUUAGCGGAUUCUCUAAUGGUUCAGUGCCUGAGACUGUCCUGCAAUCCUGCUGAAAAAGACUGCGACUGGCAAAAAGGCAUUGAUGGAUGGACAGCAUCGACAGGAACUGAUGGCUUUUCAAAUCCGUUGACCGGGAUUAUGGUACCACCUGUUGGAAUAAACUCAUUUCUGGUAGCAUCCUACAACGGUGAUUCCAAAAAUUCUAUGCGCCGGAUUAUCAGCCCGCUGAUAAGCAUUUCAGCCUCAGAACAACCUAUAUAUUUCUGCUUCUAUGAAUAUCUCGCUCUUGAAGGAGCACGUUUCACAAUGUGUACUGAUGAAUUUAACAAAGAAUGCUUCUACUCAAAAACUGAUAUCUCUAAGGAUGGCCAUUUACAG